AUGGAGAAAUCUGGAGUUAUUGAACGCAUUAGUCACAGUGAGUGGGCAUCACCGUUGGUAGUGGUACCAAAGCCGAAUGAACGAGUAAGAAUCACUGGAGAUUUUAAAAACACAGUGAAUUCACAACUGCACAUCACUCAAUAUCCCAUAGCAACGCCAGAGCAAGUUUUUCAUACAAUAAGUGGCAGUUCCAUAUUCUCAAAGCUAGAUGGUAGCAAUGCAUAUCAUCAAAUGGAGGUGGAGAAAGAAUGUAAAAAAUUUCUGGUAGUGAACACUCAUCGAGGAUUGUAUCGUUACAACGUCCUUCCUCAAGGCAUUUCGUCGUCACCUGCUAUUUUUCAAGAAUUUGCAGACAAAAUGUUACAAGGCACGCCUCAUACAAGUACGUAUAUCGACGACACACUAUCAGGGGAUACGAGUGAGGAGGAACACCUGCAAACAUUGCAGAAGAUCUUCAAGAGAAUGCGUGAAUAUAAUUUUUAUUUAGCAAAAGAAAAGUGUGAAUUUUGCAAACCACACAUAGAGUUUUUGGGACACAUUCUUUCAAAACGAGGCAUUCACACAGAUCCAAAUAAG